CAAUCGCAAGACGUCUUUAUUUGUUUGCAGGGUUAGCUCGGAAACGGACAGCUGCGUCUAAGCAAUUUGUCAGUUUCUUGCAUUUUUCCCAAAUGUUUGACAAUUUUUGAAGCAACAAGCAAGCGAUUACAGUCCAUUCUGAAGUUGAAUCGUUUCAUGUUUUCAACCGCACUGUAAAAGUUCGCCAAAAUGGACAAUUUGGCAAUGGGUCUGUCGUCCGAGCAGACGGACAAGAUUCUGCAGCUUCAGGAUCUCACUGGAAUUGAAGAUGUGACAAUCUGUCGGGACGUUCUAACUCGACAUAAUUGGGACCUCGAAGGUGCAGUGCUGGAUCAACUAAAUAUCAGAGAUGGACAUCCAUCUGUCUUUGCCAGCUCUGAAACCCAUGCACCAACUGUAGUCAAUGAGCCUAUGUUUCAACAUAUGUUUUUCUCUCCACCCUCGGGUGGUUACUGGUUUACAAGAUUGUAUCAAUUUGGUUAUAACCUGAUUGCACCAAUAUUUAUAUUUGCCUAUAGACUAUUAUUUAGAGGCGAUCAUAGAAGAUAUGUGACUGAUCCUGUAGCUGAUGUCAUGAAUUUCAUCAGGUCCUAUGAAGAAAACUAUGGAAACCAACAUCCCGUAUUUUAUCAGGGUUCCUACCAUCAGGCUCUCAAUGAUGCUAAACAUGAACUACGUUUCCUCAUUGUUUAUUUACAUUCAGAUGACCACCAGGACAAUAUAGACUUCUGUCGGCAAGUUUUGAAGGAUGAGUCUGUGAUCCAAUACAUAAAUACCCACAUGCUCUUUUGGGGCUGCAAUGUAAAUUCAACAGAAGGCUAUAAAGUUUCACAACACCUCCGCGAAAAUGCAUAUCCAUUCUUAGCUGUUCUUGCUAUGCGUGAGUCACGAAUGACUGUUGUUGGAAGGAUGGAAGGACCAAUGAACUUUCAGACCCUCCUGCAGCGUUUGCAAACUAUUGUCGCUGACAAUGAGAAUUGUCUUGUUGCAGCUAGAAAUGAUAGGAUGGAAAGAAGCCUUAAUCAAACUCUUAGAGCUCAGCAGGAUCAAGCUUAUGAAGAUUCCCUUCAAGCAGACAGAGAGAAGGAGAGAUUACGAAGGCUGGAAAAAGAGAAAAAAGAAGCAGCGGAACGUGAAAGAAGGGAGAGUGAACGCCAAGAGCAAUUAGAACGAGAGGAAAUACAACGCCAAAAAGUAGAAUUAGCAUGUAAGGUACCUGCUGAACCUAGCUCAGAUCAUCCAGAAUCAGUUCAUGUAGUGAUAAAAUUACCCACCGGCAAGCGCCUUGAGCGCCGAUUUUUACAGUCUCACCCGUUGGAAGCUAUUUUUCUCUUUGUUUUCUGUCAUCCUGAAGCACCUGAUCGAUUUGAAAUUGCUACAAAUUUUCCCAAGAGAGUUCUGCAAUGUGAAAAUAACACUCAAGAUACUUUAGCUGAUGUAGGAUUAAGAAGAGGAGAAGUCUUGUUUGUUUAUGAUUUGGAGGCAUAGGCUCUGCAAGUUUUUCUUAGCAACUCCUCCAAGCUGUCUUCUUAUCCAAAUUGGGACAGCAUUGAUAUGUAACCAGAUUAUAUGUUUAUGAUGUCACAGGGUUUUUAGGCCUCUACACAUCCAUUACCGUACAUCAUUAGCCAAAUCAGUUUGGGCUGGCAGAUGCACAAAAGUUAAAAUUGUCUGUUAUUUUCUGGUAAAACUUGCUACUGUCGUGGCUGAAUCAAUUUCCAUCAAUGAAUCUGGUCUGAUUAUUAUUACUAAUUCUAUCAAAGUCUAAACUUUGUGUACGCAACUCAAAAUGAACUUUGGAAGGGAAGGGGUGACAGUUGUGAUUUUCAAUAGUAUACAACAUUAUACUUUUUGAAAUUUAUAUCUACCCGAGUCCAGAGUCCAGAAUGAAAUUGUGCCUUUCCCUGCACUGUCCUGUGAAACUAUAGACAUGGUUUUUAUGCAUUCACAAAUUGUUGUGGCCUGUCUUAUCAGAAGGUGUGCUAUUUCAUCUUGUUUUAUUUUACGUGUUGAGUGCCGUAUUGCUCCCCAAAAAUGACCUGUCUACUGGCACUCACAUAAUUCUAGAAUUUUAUUUUCCAAUUUCUUUAUUCUGUGUUACUUAAAUUAUUAAUUUCCUUUUUGUGGGUUGAAUAUAUUUUGCUCCAAAACAAUAUCACUGCAGCAAAGUGCAUUGAGAUUUCCCAUGAAUUUAACCACAUUUCUUGAUCAAUUUUCUUAUCAAUUAAAAAAAAUAAUUCCUUCUUUGUUCUUGUUUCUUGUAAUUGGAAGAGUCUUGGUUCACACUAUUUGCUGAAGUAAGAUAAGAUGGGAGAGUCAGCAGUGUCACUUUGUAUAGAAUUGCUUACUGAUCUAUUUGUAUUUAAAAUUAAUUUUCAAUCUGUUUCUUAUAUUCACCUGACCUGUAUUUGCAUAAUAUUGCAUUUUUGUAAAACUCAUUAGAGUUGAGAAAUGGCCCACGCACCCAAAAAUUAUGUGAUUUACUAAGGUUGUUAAAACCUUUUCUCGGUUGGAUUUUAAAGUGUUAACCAUUUGUGGUUAUUUAUUGUACCAGUUUGCUCUUGUAAGCAAGAUGCAUUUACAUACCCAAUUUUCAUUAUUAUUUCCAGCCUGGAUUUAUCAAUCAACAUUGCAUUUUCUUUACUAUUUGUUUAUGUGUAUGUGUGUGUGUCUGGUUGGGCCAAAGUGACCAUGAACAGUGUAUACAUUACUUGGAAAUUUUCUCUCGACAGGGCUCAUGUAUGCGUCUGAUUCAGUGAAGUGGUAAACUUUUGCAGUACUUGAUUUCAACUUAAUGCCACUAAAUUUGUCAAAACCACAAUCAAUUUUGUUACUUGCAUGGUUUUUAGAUAUUUUCUUACUCAUUGUGCCUGAUGACAAAAAUGUGCAGAUCUCAUAGUUUUGGGGACAGCUACAUUACGGCAAGGCCGUUGAAGAAGAAUCCUUUGAUAUAAUUAAUAGUGUUACUUAUUCACAUCCAUACAUUUCCAGGGCAGCAGCCAGGAUGUAUAUUAGUAAAAAUAUUUUAAAAAUAUUUCAGGCAUGUCACUUUACUUAAAUUGUGUUUGGCCAAUUGGAUUGUAUAUGUUAAAAGAAAUAAGACUAAGGCAUAGCACAUGCAUUUCUGUGAUGCCAAAUUUAUUUGUGACUUGUAAGGGACUUAAAUGUCGACAAAUAGCAUUUUCCCUCCAAGCUGUUUACAUGUUUUGUUAUGUAUAGUCCAAGACUGACUGCCUGUGUGAUUUCAAACAGUCUUAUCUCCUUCAUCUUUAGUAACGUAAUAAUCUGUGUUUUUCUGGCACAAUAUUUUCAUUUCUCAUUCUGUAUUAAUUAUAUUUGUCUGAAUUCCUGUUAGUCCUCUGGAUAUUAUGGGAUUGAUGUUUUAUGUGAUAUGGAAGCAUAUAGUUAUUUUUCUUCCAUAAUAAACCUGCAAAGGUUCUUGUUCUGCAUGUCAAACUUCACAAUCCUUGUUAAGAUAAGUCGUCGUGCAUCUGAAUAAAAUGGUCCAAUAUUUCUAUUACAGUAAAACUGAUAUAACUGUU